GUUUCCAUUCGUCUUCUUCUACAAAAUUUGACUUAGUGCAGACUUUCAACAAAUUUCUCAUUCUCCCUCGCUCCCUCGCUGAUUAGGAUUUACGAAUUCUUUCUAAUCUUUCCAAAUUCGUUCUGCACUUGCAUUGGCUAUCAAAUGUUCGAUUGUGAUUCAAAAACUCAAUUUGUCUCUGGACAACGUGAAAAGUUUGUAAGAUUGGACUCCAGAUCGUCAUUGUCAUCACCAUCAGCAGCAGUGGCAGCAAACAAAUGUGGUUUCAAUAUCGAUGGUUUAAGGUGUGGUAAUCAUACCACUGCAUCAAAGUCCUUUAAGAUAAGAAUGACCAAAGGAUCUCAAGGAUUAAGAUCUUUUGGUCGAUCUCUAGGAUAUGGCGUCUCUCGAAAAGUAUUUCCUGAAGAUCUCAAAGUGUCUGAGAAGAAGAUAUUUGACCCUCAGGACAAACUUCUGACACUAUGGAACAAACUUUUUGUGAUGUUGUGUAUUUUGGGGGUAUCUGUGGAUCCUCUGUUCUUCUUCCUUCCAGUUUUUAACAAAUCAUCGAAUUGUCUAGACAUGGAUAAAAAGUUAGCUGCAACUGCCACAGCACUGCGGACAAUGCUUGAUGCUUUCUAUCUUAUUCACAUGGCUCUACAAUUCCGAACUGCUUAUAUUGCUCCAUCUUCUCGGGUUUUCGGACGUGGUGAACUUGUAAUAGAUCCUGCAAAGAUUGCUAAACGAUACUUGAAGCGUUAUUUUAUCAUUGAUUUCCUUGCGGUUCUUCCCCUACCUCAGAUCGUUGUCUGGAGGUUUUUACUCACUGCAGAUGGAUCCGAUGUAUUGGCUACUAAGAAAGCGCUUUUUUUCAUCAUUUUGCUUCAAUAUAUUCCCAGAUUUGUCCGAAUAUAUUCUCUAACUUCAGAGUUGAAAAGAACUUCUGGUGUCUUUGCUGAAACUGCUUGGGCCGGCGCCGUGACCUAUCUGCUGCUCUACAUGCUCGCUAGUCAUAUUGUUGGGGCUGUCUGGUACUUGCUAUCCGUUGAGCGCAACGAUACAUGCUGGCAGAGAGCUUGUAAGAACAAUCAAACAUGUAGGAUCGGUUUCUUAUACUGUGGGAAUGAAAAUAUGGAAGGCUACAAGAUCUGGAGCAAUAUUAGUACCGAAGUCCUGAACUCAAAUUGCCCUGUGGAUGAUGACAAAAAUCCCCCGUUUGAUUUUGGAAUUUUUGGGAAUGCUUUGUCAUCUGGUAUUGUUUUCUCCAAAAAAUUUGUGUCCAAAUAUUGUUAUUGUUUGUGGUGGGGGCUGCAGAAUUUGAGUACACUUGGGCAAGGACUUCAGACGAGCACAUACCCGGGAGAGUCCUUAUUCAGCAUUGCGCUCGCCAUAUUCGGUCUAAUCCUCUUUGCACUGUUGAUUGGAAACAUGCAGACGUACCUUCAGUCGCUUACUAUUCGUCUCGAAGAGAUGAGAGUCAAAAGACGUGACUCGGAACAAUGGAUGCACCAUCGUUUGCUCCCACCCGAACUCCGGGAACGAGUCAGGCGCUACGAUCAGUACAAGUGGCUGGAAACCCGUGGAGUCGACGAAGAAAGUUUGGUCCGAAGUCUGCCGAAGGAUCUCAGACGAGACAUAAAACGCCAUCUCUGUCUCGCCUUGGUUAAGCGGGUCCCGCUGUUCGAGAACAUGGACGAGAGGCUGCUAGACGCCAUAUGCGAGAGGCUCCGACCAUGCUUGUUCACGGAGAACACGUACAUUGUCCGGGAGGGGGAUCCCGUUGACGAGAUGGUGUUCCUGAUCCGCGGCCGUCUCGAGAGCGUGACGACCGAUGGUGGAAGGAGCGGGUUCUUCAACCGGAUACUACUAAAAGAAGGCGAGUUCUGCGGCGAGGAGCUUCUGACGUGGGCGCUCGACCCGAAACCGAGCUCGAACCUUCCGUCGUCGACGCGCACGGUGAAGGCGCUGACAGAAGUGGAGAUGUUUGCGCUGACGGCCGACGAGCUGAAAUAUGUCGCCAGUCAGUUCCGGCGGCUGCACAGCAGGCAGGUGCAGCACACUUUCCGAUUCUACUCGCAGCAGUGGCGGACAUGGGCGGCGUGCUUCAUCCAAGCUGCGUGGCGACGGUACACGAAGAGGAAGGUCAUGGAGGCGAGGAGAAAGGAGGAGGAAGAAGAGUCGGGAGGGUUGGAUGAUUCGGGCCGCGAAAAUGGAGGGGGAGGGGGGGGGUCGUACAGCAUCCGGGCGACGUUCUUGGCGUCGAGGUUUGCGGCGAAUGCUUUGCGGGGAGUGCAUAGGAACCGGAACUUGAAGAGCGCGCGGGAGCUGGUGAAGCUGCAGAAGCCUCCGGAACCCGACUUUUCGGCGGAGGCGGAAGAGUAAGUUGAGUGUUGUGCACAGGUUUUGUGUCUAACUACUGCUACUACUGCUUUUUAUGAAUGAAUGUUUUGUGUUGUUGUUGAGGGACUCUAAUGUUGCUGCUGCUGCUGCUGUUGGGGGUUUGAUCUUAACUACUUCGAUCAUAAGAUUUGAAGAAAUUUGUGAAGAUAUAUAUAUAUAUAUAUUUUAUGAA